AUGUCGAUUCAUGGCCUCGCGCCAAAUGUUGCAAACACUGGUCCCUCUCACUUCAAUAUCUUGGACGUAAUCCGCCCAAACAUCCUCGCCCUUCAUCCUUAUCGCUGUGCCCAUGAGGACUACCAGACAGGCAUUCUCCUCGACGCCAACGAAAACGCGUUCGGCCACUCAAUACAAGGCACCGUGGGCUUGUACUCAGACGCGCCGUUCAACGACGAUCUCCACCACUAUCCCGACCCCACGCAAUACAAACUCAAAUCCCGCAUUGCUGUUUUGCGCGGACUGCCUGAGAAUGCUGUCGACCACAUAUUCUUGGGGGUUUGCGUCGCCCCUGGGCGGGACAAAGUUAUCACUACACCACCGACAUAUGGAAUGUAUGGUGUUUGCGCGCAAAUAAACGACGUAGGAGUUGUAGAAUGCCCGCUUGAGCUGUCUGGGGCAAAUGGAGAAGGUGGGGAACAUGGGAGAUUCAGUUUACAACUAACUGCUAUCAAAGCUGCUAUCGAGGCGGACCCUGCAAUCAAACUCAUACUCAUAUGCUCUCCCGGCAAUCCAACUAGCACUUUGAUACCGCGCAGCGUUAUUCGGGAGCUCUUGGACUAUCCAAAAUUCAAGGGUAUUGUGGUCGUCGAUGAGGCAUACAUUGACUUUGCCUCUCCUGACGCGUCUGCCAUGUCGCUUAUCCAAGAAUACGGUAACAUCUGUGUAAUGCAGACGAUCAGUAAAAGCUUUGGUCUCGCUGGCGUUCGCCUUGGCAUUGCAAUUGCUCAACCGCCUCUGAUCCAAGUCCUCGCAAAUGCAAAGGCACCCUAUAAUAUUUCCACUCCGACCUCCUACAUCGCCCUCUCUGCGCUUUCCCAGCCAUCCAUCGUCGCGAUGCGGGCUAGUUUAGCGAAAAUCAACGUAAAUCGGGCGUCACUACUCAAAGCCCUUUCGUCCGUGCCCGGGGUUGGCUCGGCGAUAGGCGGCAGUGACGCCAAUUUCAUUCUGGUCCCCAUUUUGGACCAAGAGGGCCAAAGGCCGGACAAUGAGCGGGCCCAGCGAAUGUACCGUCUGCUGGCCGAAGAGAACGGGGUCGUGGUUCGUUUCAGGGGUAACGAGCCGGGUUGCUUAGGCUGUGUGAGGAUCACAGUGGGAACAGAGGAAGAGAAUGCGGUGGUGGUUGCCAAGAUGAGAAAGGUUCUAAGUGAGAUAUGA